UGGGAAGUAGCUUCCGUGUUAUGUCGUAGUUUGAGUGCACCACCGUAAUAAUGGGUGCGUGUAUGGCAUUGUGCUCUCUUGCGAGCUGCGCGUCAUGUCUGUGUGGCUCUGCCCCGUGCCUGUUGUCCAGUUGCUGCCCUUCCGCAUUUAACUCUACUAUAACCCGCCUGGCCUUCUCCUUCUUCCUGCUACUUGGCACCGUCGUGUCCAUCAUCAUGAUCCUCCCUGGUAUGGAGACUCAGCUGCAGAAGAUUCCUGGAUUUUGUCAAGGGGGUACGGUUAUACCUGGCAUUGAAGGCAAGGUGAACUGUGAGGUCAUCGUGGGCUACAAGUCUGUGUACAGGAUGUGUUUUGCCUUGGUCUGUUUCUUCUUUCUCUUCUCCAUUAUCAUGAUCCGAGUGCGGAGCAGCAAGGACCCACGGGCUGCCAUCCAGAAUGGGUUCUGGUUCUUCAAGUUCCUGAUACUGAUUGGCAUAACCGUGGGAGCUUUCUUCAUUCCAGAUGGGACAUUUAACACAGUGUGGUUCUACUUUGGAGUGGUGGGAUCCUUCAUCUUCAUCCUCAUCCAGCUGGUCCUGCUGGUGGACUUCGCUCACACCUGGAACCAGAAAUGGGUGGAGAAUGCGGAGGACGGAAGCAGAUGCUGGUAUGCAGCUCUCCUGGGUUUCACUGUUGUGCACUAUGCUUGUGCCUUCACUGUGAUGGUUCUCUUCUACGUGUUCUACACACAGCCAGAUGACUGCACUGAGCACAAAGUCUUCAUCAGCCUGAACUUUAUCUUCUGUAUCAUAGUGUCAGUUGUCUCCAUUCUCCCUAAAGUACAGGAAGCCCAGCCUAGCUCUGGCCUGUUGCAGUCUUCUCUCAUCUCACUGUACACCAUGUACCUGACCUGGUCUGCCAUGACCAACAACCCCAACCGUAAGUGUAACCCCAGCCUGCUGCAGCUGGUCACCAACAGCCCCUCCACCACCGCGGCCCCCUCCACCACCGUGCCCCCGGGACAGGUGCAGUGGUGGGAUGCCCAGGGCAUUGUGGGGCUGGUCAUCUUCCUCUUCUGCACGCUGUACGCCAGCAUCCGAUCAUCCAACAACUCGCAGGUGAAUCGGCUGAUGCAGACAGAGGAGGUGCAGGGUCUGGCGUCUGACGCCGAGGAGCCUGUGGCGGAGGGCGAGGCCAGGCACACCGUGGACAAUGAGGAGGACGGAGUCACCUACAGUUAUUCCUUCUUCCACUUCUGUCUCCUCCUGGCUUCUCUCUACAUCAUGAUGACCCUCACCAACUGGUACCAGCCGAACUCGGACUACCAGGCCAUGCAGAGCACUAUGCCUGCAGUGUGGGUGAAGAUCAGCUCCAGCUGGCUGGCCUUGGCCCUCUACCUCUGGACCCUUGUGGCUCCACUCAUACUCUCGGACCGGGACUUCAGCUAAAUGCCGCUGUGGGCUUCAGGUUCCCAUCUGUCUUACCACACCAGUGGAACCCAUUUCUCUUAAGAAAGACGUUUUAAAGGCAGAAAUUCUUCCCUAAAUCAAUCCUGUACAUUAGGUCUGAUGAUACCCUUUACUUUCAGGUCACACUUUACAUUACAGGACAGUUACUGGGCUUACGGUAGAGAAGCCACUGGUGUCAUUGUUUCUGUGCUGCUUAGCUCAAAUGUUCAGCCAGUGUGGCCAGUGAGUCCCCACUAGUCAAAAUCUCAAUCUAAAUCUUUAUCCCUUUAGUGCUUCUGAUUUGCACCCAAAAUCCAUUUGGCCUCAGAGAAGCUGUCUAGUUCUAAAAAAAAGAUGCUUAUGAGAGAGAAAAAAACACUUACAAACAAUCAAAUCAUCUAUACAAUAUCAAGAAUGGAACUAUAGUUCAUAUCUGUGAUCAUAUAAUCAUUCUGUGUACCAGAAUGUGUAUAUGUAGGAUACAAGGCCUCAUAAGACAAUGGAGUUUGUAGUUUUAGGCUUUGUAAUUUUAUUUUUACACUAUGUUCCAUCAUGUAGAAAUGAGUCAGCUGUGCCAAACGUCACUAGAAAAAUAUUCAUUGAUUUGAUUUUUUAAAAAGCUUUUUAUAUAAACCAAAUAUAUUAACCAAAAUAAGGAAAUCAGCGUUCAUUGUAUCAGUUUGAAGGAAGUGGAUUGUUGUUAUAUAUAUGAUUAUAUAAUGUUUCUUGUUACUUUGCACAAUUUGGUACUUGGUACUAACAAUCUUACACACAUUAUUAAAUGGUUAAAUUGAA